AUGUUUGCGCAACAGCAACAUGAACAGCAACACCGACAACAGCUGCAACAGCAGCAGCAGCAGCAGCAGCAGCAGCAUCUACCAUUGACCCCUGUCCAGAACAUCCCCCCUCAGGCCUUCCAUGACUACAACCAGCAUCACCAGACGUCGCCCAGCAGCCGACAACCAUCUCACAGUUAUGCCUCUCACCCGAUGCCCCCGGGCGCCCACCCGAUGCCCCCAGGCGCGUUCGCCUCCCCUCCGCCACCUUACCAGAACCCGUUUCCCGCCCGGUCUGCUCCCCCUCCGCUCCAGCCACUCCAGUCAAACGAGGUGCGCUCUCCGAGCAUUGCCUCUGUCACCGUCCCUUCUCCAUACCGCCAUACCCCUGGCUCAUCCAUCAGUGCCAGCGCAGGUGGGGGAUUCCCGUUUCCCCCGCCUCAACAGAACCCGACAAGUCCCCUUCAGCGACACCAAUACCCGCCAUCAGGUGCAUACCCCCCGCGAGAGAGUUACUCCCAGCUUUCAGGCCCUGCGAGUGCCACAGGCCCGCCCGGGCCUCCCUCGUACAGCCAUGGGGGAACCUUGCCUCAGACACCUCCAGUCGGCACCGCCAGUGUAGCGCAGCCCUACGCUCACCAGAGAUCCCAGUCGGCGCACUCGACUCCCACGCCGACAUCAGCACACAGCCAACACCAGUAUGGGGGCGCCGCCUACGUCCAUGGCAGCCCGAUUGCAGCGGCUCAACAACAUCCUCCUCCGCCGAUGGAUCAUCACGCGAGACACCAGUCUCAACCCCCGACGCCGCUGGGUCCACCUUUAUCCGGUCCGCGACAGCUAUCGGUCCCACCGAGCCAUGCUCAACCUCAACCGCCGAGCCCUUACCAACAAAGAGUGUCGGCUUCGGUUGGACAAUACCAUCAUCCCUCACAAGGAUCCGCAGCACCGUCGGCCCCACCCCCGAUUCAAAGAGCGCCAAGCGACCACCUCGUCUACGACCCACCACAACCACAACCACAUCCACAUCCACAUCCACAUUCACAACCCAAUGACCCUCGCCGGACGUCACAUUCUCAUUCCCAGAGUGAACGGGAACGGAGUCUUAGUGUGUCACCGAAAACCAGAAUUCCCAGUUUGUCUAGCAGCACCGGGCAAACCGCCAUCUCUCAACCGGACACAGAACCUCGUCACCCCCAUCUCAGACCUACGCCUGGCAUGCCAUCAGCCGUUGACCCCGACCGUGAGAGGGCCGUCACACCGGCAAAACGAAAACUCGACGAUAGAGAUCUGAAGCUAGAAGAAUUGGAGAGGCGUGAGACCCGCCCAGCACCAUUCGAGGGCGUCAACGGCUCCCACGUGCCGGGACAUGCGUCGUCACAGGCAUCUCAAGCUUCGACCUCGCCUAUCAUGCCACGGAAGAAGCGUACACGGUACAACAACCCGCCGAUCUGGGCAACGCGGCAGACCAAGGACGGUAGAUUGAAGGCUGUCAACUUCGUUCUACGUAAAGUUGUCCACCACCACGUAGGGCAGAUCAACGGCAAGCCCGAAAGAACGAGUAGUCGGCAGCCUUCGCCCGAAGAGCGGCGCUCAGUGCCCGCAGCACAGCCCGCCGCGGCGGCUCCUCCAGGCCCUCCAGCCCCAGCGAACGCCGAUGGACCGCUCGGGCCCUGGGAGUCAAGUAUCACGGGCAAGCGGCCGUACGAGGACAUGGCCAAGACGGUUGCAGACUUCCUAUACGUCAACGUUCUCCACAAUCCGGACAUUGGAGAAAUCUCCAGCCGCGAUGUCCAAUUUGAAAUCGAGGCCAAGUUGGGAACACUGAUCAGCAAGGACACCAACGACCGAGUGAACAUACCCGUUACCACAGAAUGUGUCUUGUUCGACAAUGGGAGAGUGGCUUUCCGGAGUAGUAUGACCGAGGCCCAACACAAAUCAUACAAUGAAUACCUCAACUCACUCGUCGUCGAGACCGAUCCGCGGAACCCCGCUAAUGCCGAGCAACCACGCGUGCCCAUCCACUACAAGCACCGGCGCGAGAUCGACAAGUUUUUCGAGAUACCACCGGCCAUGCGGGAGCAGUUGCCCUCGUGCAUACAGAACCUGAUUCCGCCCAAGCACACGGUCAAGGUUCGGGUCACGCACGAUCAGAAGACGAAAGAGAUUCUGGCCAAGAUCAUCAAGGCACGGAUAGCAGACAUCAAUCUGUAUUUCCCCAUGUGCCCGCUCGACUGCCGCCUCAGCAUCAAUCUGGAAAUGAACUGGGACGGUUCGGUUGAGGAGCUGGAGCGGCUGUCGGCAGGCCGAGAAGGCUUGCCUGAUCGCAAUAAGGAUCGCCUGAGCUACAGCCAAAGCCACUACCAGAUGGAUCUCACGCAGGUCACGCAAAUGGUUCCCGGCCUCAGUAGCGCUCGGCUGGAGAAGGAACACGAGCUAGAGAUCGAGGUGUCCUCCACGGCGUUGAUCGAACAGGGCCGACGAGCCGCAGCCGGGCAGCCACACCAAUACCAAGACCUGGUAGAGGGCCUCAUCGACAAUGUCCGUGUCUUGGCACGAAAGGCACGCGACUUUGCCCAAUAA